AUGGACGAUUCAUCUGGUUUGGUCAAGGUGAGGUCGGCCGUUGAUGGAGGCCACUAUGUGGUGAGAAUGGAAGGGGAAAUCAAAGGGGGAAGGGUCGAAAGGGAGAUUUUCAUCGUUGUUAAGCACAAAGUACCGCUCUUCGGGUCUCUUAGUGUGUCCACGGUCUCGUGCGGUGAUCAAGAUUUUGGAGGAGUGGCGGUUUGUGGAGAGGAACAGAAUUCGGGGCUGGCUAUGAUGGACUUCCAUGAUUUGCAUACGCUCCUAAGACGGAGCAAAGCUUUUACGGGCACUUUAGCCAGGAUUUCAACUAGCAGAUCUUCAUUGAGGGAAGGAGAGCCCUCCAUAACCUUUUUUUUUUUCCAAUUAAUUAAUGGAAUUUAUUUUAAGUUGUGGAAGUUCUUUCGUGGCCCUAUCUUUUGGAGCCUCUACUGCAGAGGAAUAAAGUUACUGGAACAUGCCGACUGUUAUAAAUAA